AUGACCGUCGGUCCCGCAAGAGACACAAGAUCCGAGCAAACUUCAGUCGUAUCUGUUGAUCCCGAUUCAGGGUUCAGAACUGUGAAAUACAUGAGAGCUACUCCACUCAGUCCACAAGAAGAUACGAUACCCACACCGCUUGUCAGUGAGAGGACCAGCGACCCAUCUUCGGUUGACGCCAAAAUUGGUGAUGCAGACAUGUCUCUGCCAUCUGUUAGCAAUGUCCAAAUGCAAGAGCAAUGGAAUUCUGAUAUGUUCAACCCAUCUAUCGAAGAGGCAAACAUCAAUUCGGCUAUCUUAUCACAUACUGCAGCUUCCACGGCAUGCUUCGGACAACAGACACGCGACGUUUCGGGCAUGCUCCAAGAACGCCAUGCCCCUGGGCACAACACUCAUCGAACUCCAGCACCUGCAAUGUCAGCUUCAGAUUGGAGUGCAGUAGAUCUGGUCUAUGAAGAACAGCCUGGAGCGAUCGACUCUACAGCUAUGCCGUCAGCCCAGCGCGCGAGCGAGAAUACACUCUACUAUUGCGGAUGGAUCACAAGACAUCUCCAGGGACUCACAACUGGUUUUGGAGAUUCCGUCUCGAUCACACAGAUGAAUUUACCGGAUCAAUCGCUCGAAAAACUGGUCAAAAACUACGCCGACGCAGGUCUCGAUCCUCACAUAAGCUUACUGGACCUCACUGAACAACAGCAAGACAUCAUCAAGCAGGUGACAAAAAACAAUCUUGGCGCAGAAUUAGCAUAUGUCAGUAUCUCGCGCGAUAUCAAGGUGUCCAGCGUGUUUGGUAUGCUCGAUAUAAGUGGACUUAAGUGGAUCGCUGCAUCUAGAAAACCUUGGCCGAAGCGUGAACCAGUCUGUCCGCAGUACUUUCCCCCUCCAUUUACUAGACCCCCGCCAUCGCUUCCUGGGAAGCCAUUCCUAUACCCUUCUUCCACAAAGACUACUGAGUCUGCUCUUCCACCACAGCGUGCGCAAUCUUAUCGAAGAGACCUUUAUGGACCUCCACCUCCUCGGCCUUAUGGCUACAUGUCGUCUUCCGCUAACUCCAGGCCUUUUCCGCCAGCGCCACCUUCCGAAGAACAGCGUACAGACAGUCGCGCGAAAGAAAGGGCAGAAAAGCACCUAGCUGAGAAGGAAAAGGACCGAGCAGUAGCUAGAGAGGAGUCUCGCCGUCUUAAAGAUGAAGAACGAGGUCUUAAGGAAGAAGAGCAGAAAGAUCUUGAGAAGGAGCGGUCGAAGCCUCCAACGACUGACUACUUAACCAAACCACCAUCUGCAGCACGCAGAAUGUCCUCAACUAUAACGCCAGCUCAGCUAGCAGACCAGCAACGCCUGAUCGAAUUCGAGAAGGCACAGAUGCGUAGCGAGAAGCAGAUUGCAUCGCAUCUCUCUGAGACAAAUACAGGAUAUGAGCAAUCCUUACAAUACCCAGGAUGGUACGCUCAGCAAUAUCAACCGCCCGCAGAAGAGAACGGAGAAGAUAUUGUGAAUGAGCUCCUUGCUCGAUGGACGACUCUGGAAAGACCUGACUAUAGGCUAAAGGACGACAAACACAGGAGGUAUAGUCGUCGAUAUUAA